AUGGCUUUUACACCCGUUGCCAGGCCGUCUAGCAAGUUUGCGCAUUGGAAUACGUUCCCUUUCAUGACCGCCCCAAAAACCAAAUACUAUUCCGCUCAACUCCAGUCACCACUCUUCCGCCUUCCUCAAGAGAUUCGAGAUGUCAUUUACGAAUACUGCCUUCUCGAGCAUGACGGUUACCACUACGACAAUGAGACCGGCAAGCUGCUAUACCAGAACCCGUCAAUAUCGCCUAAGCAAGUCGUUCGGCUAGGUCUACGAAUUACGUGUCGCAUCGCUGCAGAAGAAAUGAAAGACAGUGCCUUCGGAAGAGUUCACUUCUACCCCAAACGUUCAUUAGAUGAUGGGAAAGAAUACAUGAACGUUCGUUCAAGGGCAGGGCGCUUUAGGUGCUUGUUGAAAUAUGUCGAGCGACAAAAAUUUCGCAUCCGAUUCCCCACAAUCAAGCACUGGUUCCACACACCUCUGAACCACGCAGUUACACAUCGAAAGGACGAGCUUGGUACAUCGGAUGACAGUUGCAAAGAAUUCCUUAGCCAGUCGUUCAGCGAUGCUCUCCAACAUGCACUGGUACUAGCGAAAAACCGACAUCCGUCAAGAUUUGCAGAGCUUGCAUGUGAGACCUUCGGUCUCGGUGACUUUCAAAGCAUAACCAAACAACGCAGGGCCAACUUCCGAUCAGUCGUACUGAAUGAAGACGUCAAAGCCGUGUCCAGACCAGAAUGCCAUGCGCGCGGCCUUGUCCCAUUCUGUCAUGAGAAUCCUCAACUUCGCAUUGAGAGACGGAUCAGCUUGCUUACAAAUCUCCUUCCACCAGGCUCUGAUUAUGUGUCUGGCUACGAAGACGAGUUCAUUUACAGUGAAGACUGUUUCCAAGUGCUACUUCUGCUACCUUCCUUUGGGAUGCCUCUGCCGUCAUUUCAACUUGUUGUAGAUGACGAUGCAAGGGAAUCUUCAGAAUUCUGGCACAUGCUCAAAUAUGCUGCCGCUACGCAGCAGGCCCGACACAAGCAGUUGCAACUCAGCGGUACAGACCUGCCCACAGGGGAGUUGCGCCCGAUGUACGAUGGCGAUUCUGCAGUUUGGGACUUCCCUUCAGGAUUCGCAAGGAUGGUUCGCGAUAUCUGUGAGGGCAAUUCGGUCGUAUGGUACAACGGAGACGUGGGCGAGGUUUGGGACGAAGACACCUUCUUCUCCGAAAGGAAGGAUUGGACAGAAUUGCAGUGGGAGACAGACUGGAAUGAGACCGUCGACCAGGGCAUCGUCUCGAACUUCUGGCCGAAGAUUUCAGAGCGUUAUCUCAAGGAACGCUUGCCAUGUUAG